GGAGGUCCAAUCACAGAGCAGUUCUCUUCUCCAUCUCUUUGUGGUCAGCCUACAACCAGUACUUUUGUGUUGUGUUUUUUUUCUUUUUAACUUUUUUUUUGCUAUUCCUCAUUGAGCCACUGCGGUCCAGAGCAGAGAGAACGGCUGUAGAUGUGGAAGUCAGCAAACAGCAAAGCAGAGACAAAGAGAGACUUGGAAGAAGCCAUGCAGCAACAAGAGGUUGUUGAACUGAACAACUGACCACCAACCUACCACGGAGGACCGUUCUCAGGGAAGUAUCAAGUCAGUCCCCCCGCUGAGACGAGCCAGGAGACACAAGGACAAGGAGUGGACGUCGACAUAUGAAGGCUGAAGCAGAGCGGCAGAAGGAGAUGCUCAGAGGGUCAGGGCAGUGAACAGACGAGUGAAACCAAACAGAAGAUUCCUGCAGGUGCUUCCUCUUCAGAAGACAACACACCAAAAGAAGUGACUGCAGACACACUGAGGAGAGAACGGAGAAGAGAAAUCAGACAGAGUUAGAUUUAGUAAAGCACAACUAGAUCAAAUGGCCAACUCGGGUCUGCAGCUGUUGGGUUACUUUCUGGCACUGGGAGGUUGGAUCGGCAUCAUCUCCACCACUGUUUUACCCCAGUGGAAACAGUCGUCCUAUGCAGGUGAUGCCAUCAUCACAGCUGUGGGUCUGUACGAAGGUCUGUGGAUGAGCUGUGCAUCUCAAAGUACAGGACAGGUGCAGUGCAAGAUCUUUGACUCCAUGCUCUCUCUAGACAUUCACAUACAAACAUGCCGAGCUCUAAUGGUGGUGUCAGUGCUGUUGGGCUUCAUCGGCAUCAUCGUCAGCGUGGUCGGUAUGAAGUGCACCAAGGUGGGUGAUAACAACCCAGUCACCAAGACGCGGAUUGCUGUGACCGGCGGCGCCCUCUUCCUGCUUGCAGGACUAUGUACUGUGGUGUCUGUGUCUUGGUAUGCUACUCAGGUGUCUUAUCUGUUCUUCAACCCAAAUACGCCACCUAAUGCCAGGUAUGAGUUUGGCUCAGCCCUGUUUGUGGGCUGGGCCGCGGCCAGUCUGACAGCACUGGGUGGCGCCCUGCUGUGUUGUUCCUGCUCCAAAGACGAUAUUCGAGGACAGCAAUACUAUCGCCAAUCACAGCCUUCCACAGCCAGGGAGGCAGAGUUGUUGAGUGAAACUAGUUUCCCUGACUGAUCAGCCCCUGCCUUUUUGUCGAGGACUGUCCGACUGUCAAACCACUGUCUACCUUUUCUCCACUAUACUUAGCCUUUCAAAUCAAAAAUUGGACUUUCUGUAGCAGACGCCUCAUUUGUGUUGUAAUUUGUGCACCACUAAAUUUUAACACAAUCAUUUCUUUCCGAUCCCUUACAAUAAAAAUUGAAAUUAAAGGACGUCUUAUCAAACCUCUUCCUCAAGAAAAUGACACGACCUCAUCUUAGCUUGUAAACCUUCUUCGUCCCGUUUGCCUGCUAACAACACGUUGAGACGGUUUGUUGCACUGAGCGAUGACUUCACUUAUAUCCAAUGACCUCUGGGUGCUUUUUGUAAAUGUUUUUUGGGUUAUUUCAUUCUCUGUGACUGUGGAUGUUGACUGAAACAUGUUUUUUCCCUCUUGAAUUGCAGAGCAAAUGUUAAAAGUACCCCACCUGAGAAAAGGGAGCAGUACUUGUAGUUUGGGAGAGUCUUCAGGCCUUACCAUGGCUUAGGUUGUGACAACUUACUGAGGAAUUCAAAACAGACAACACUAAAGAUGGGAUUUAUGAACAGCAAUCGUUCAACUAUAUUGCAGCAACAUAGUCCUGAAAUAAUAUAAAUUAGAUUAAAUAUAAUGUUAGAAUGCUGACAUCUGCAUCUUGUCUGUUUUGCUGACUUUAGGAGAGACAGUCAUUCAGGGUAUGUUUUCUAUAAUAUGUUAAAAUGCCCAAGUGUAUAUACCACCUAAUGUAAAUGUUUUUUUUUGUUUUUCACUACAUAAACAAUGAUUCACUACCGAAUCUUGUAACACAUGUAUGUUUUUGACCACAUGAGUUCUUCGUAGUCUCUCAUUCUGUCCAUCCACACACACGUCUACACUCUUUAUUUUCUUUUUCUUCAAUUGUUAUUUUUUAGAUUUGAUUCUGUAUUAAAGCUAUACUAUACAGUGCCAGUUAUUAAUGAACACAGACAUACAUCCUAUGCACUGCUAGCCUGGAUUCAGGAUAUAUUGGGCACAUUCACGUUGUUUAGUCACCUGCCUUAUGAUUUGGUGUGAAUGUUGGAGUCGUUGUAUUUCUGACUCCAACCGAUAAACUGUACUGUUCCGUCUUCUGUACUAAAGAACACCCGUGUGCUAAAUACAGUAGCCUUCUAAUUGUAUUUUUUCCACAGGUUUUUGUCUCUAAUAUUGACCCUGUUUAUGUUGUGUACCAUCUUAUUUAAAAUUAACCAGUCUGUUUCUUUUAGAAUAAAGUAAACCAUGAUAUAAAAACAGA